GAGAGAGAGAAAUCAGAAGUUCAAUAUGCAUGUUCGUAACCAUGGCAAUAACUACUUUAUAUGAGAUUGUAUUUGUGUUCCUCGUUUGAUAUUUUUUCAAUCAUAGUUUAAAGGUGAAUUUUAACAAGAGUACCGAAUUAAAAACUAAUAAUAAUAUUAAAAAUAAAAGGAUAGUAUUAAAAGAAAUGUCAUUGGAAACUGAAGCUGGUUUAAAUAGAAUUUGCUUGUCAUUACAAGCUGAGAAUAAAGAAAGAAGAAAGAAUGCUUUAAACGAAAUCAUAAAGACAAUAUUGGAUAGACAAGAAAUAUUGGAUACUGAUGCUUUAUCACAAAUAUGGGAGAAUUUAAGUAGACCAUUGAUAAGAUUAUUAAAUGACCAAGCAGAAGUUUGUCGAGAUCGUGCUGUAGAAAUAUUAAAUAAAUUUUUGAAUAUGUUGCCUUCGCAUGAUAAGCAUAUUAUCUAUGUGAUUCCGGUGUUGUCAAGACGUUUAAGUCCGGAAGAAUAUAUAGAACCGUCAGAGGAAGUAAGGCUAAAAUGUAUUGCUCUCUUAAAAGUUAUUAUUUUAAAAUAUAAGGACCAUAUAUCUGUAUAUAUGGAUGAAAUAAUAGGAAUUCUUGCAAGAACUGUUAGGGAUAAUUAUCCCAAUGCUAAAAGAGAAAGUUGCGAGUGCAUAUCAGAAUUAGGAAAAACUGUAUCUAAGCAUUUUUAUACCUAUUCUGAAACUCUUAUAAAACCAAUUUUAAGUAAUUUUAGUCAUCAACAUUAUAGAGUCAGAGUAGCUUCUGUUAAAACGAUAGGCGAUGUGAUUCAAUAUGGUAAUAGCAAAUCUAUGGAAGAAGUUGCAACGCCCUUAGCUGAAAGACUGUUUGAUCAAAGCGGAAUCGUUAGAGCAGCUGUUGUCGAAGUGGCAGGACAUUGGCUUGUUGAAUUAAGAGAUAGAUACAGUUGGUGGCACAAAAUUCUUCCACUUAUUUUAACGGGUCUUCAUGAUGAAAUAGAAACAAUACGUAUUACAGCAGCAAAAAUGUGGGAUGAAGCGGGUCAAUUAUAUAUGAAAGAAAAUCAAAAUGAUGAAAAAUUUAAAGAUAAAAUGGACUUUCUCAUAGAGGAACCUAAACAUUAUCCACCUAAUAUUAUUAGACCAAACUUAGGAUGUCGUACUAUUGCUCGAGAAAAUUUAUGUAAACUUAUAAAUGGAAUAACACGGGAACUUUCCGAUUGGAUGGCUGAUAUAAGAGUUCGUUCUGCACAAUUACUUUGCGUCUUAAUACUAAAUGUAGAACAAUAUGUAACUCAACAUAUAGAAAAAUUAUUACCUGCGAUAUAUAGUGCUUGUAAUGAUGAAGAUAAAAGAGUUGUGGAGAAUAUAGAAAUUGCAGCAAAAUAUUUAGGGUACUUUGUACCACCACAAGUCUAUUGCCAUUUAGCAUUGCCGACAUUGGAAAACUCACCUACGGCAGGUCAUUUAAGAGCAUUUUCCGCCAUCAUAAGGUGUACUGAAAAAAGUAUUCUUCUACCUCAUAUAGAAAAAAUCAGCAAUUUUUUACAACAGCCACAUAUUUGUCGCAGCAAGAAAAGUAUUUAUCAGCAACAACUUUUAUCUUGCUGUAAUUCCCUUAUAACAGUAUGCAACGAGGAAUGUGCCCUUAUUUCCCAGAAUAUAUUUACCGUCAUAUUUACUAGUUUGGCUAUGAGUACCGAACAGUUUAUUCACAAAGAAGCAGAUCGAUUACUUGGUGUGCUUGCAAGUAUAGAAUCGUUAAAUGAUACUGAAGAUUUAUUACUGCAUCGUAUGAAAGUAAUGCUAAUGUCAAUUUGUGAUAACUGUGAUUCAUGGACAGUUCAUAGUCCAGAACAUCAAAUAUUUCAAACGUGUUUAAUACGUGCUUCGAUCGCUGCUGCUUACUGUAUGAAUAUUGUACUACCAAUACUACAGGAUAUUAUGAGCAAAAAUACGGAUAUGGAAUUGAGAUUGUUAUAUUUGAUAUUACUAUCUGAAUACUUGUUAUGCAAUAAGCAAUCGCUUCGAUGCAUUGUUGAUUUUCAUGAAUUUGUAAAUCAAAUUUUAGAAAUAUGCAUUAUCCCUAAUCUUAUUUGGUCAGCAGGUAGAAUAUCUGAAGCUUUACGUACAGCUUCCAUUUCAUGCUUAUGUGCUCUUCUACAAAAUGACAUCCUUUCCACGCAUAUUAAGGAUUCUAUUACAAUUGUAAAGGAGGAAAUUAACAAAACGAGCGAAUCUAAUAUCACAAUAUUUUCUACUGUAGAAAACUAUUUAUCUGUUUUCGAAAGGAUUAUUCCUAUUUUGAUUACGCUUGUUGAUGAUAAUGCGAGAAAAACUAGGCUUUAUUCUUUGCGUGCUAUUUGUUUUAUGAUGUCAAUUGGACAUAAGUUGUCCUGCAUAACAGAAGAUCAUAUUCAUAGAGUACAUGCAAUUGUAUUGAAAAGAUUAGAUGAUGGUUGUGAUGAUAUAAGAUGGGCAGCUCUAGAGGCCCUUGUAGAAAUAUGGUCUACUAUUCCUAAAGAUUACAAUCUAAUGUCUUGCAAAAGUUAUAUUGAUGUUCUAUAUACAACGGUAUUGAUACAUCUAGACGAUCCAGAGUCAAAGUUUCAAGAUUUUGUAUUAGACGUAUUGAUGCAGUUGGCAAAAAUUUAUCCCGAAUUGUUGGUUGAAAAGUUAAAAAAUUGUCAAACAAAUUUUAGAAAUCAAACUGAAACAUAACCUCUUUCUAAAAGACAACAGGAAGUACCCGCCCUCCUGUUGCCGCCAUGUUGUUCGCAUCUUCCGCUUGCCAAAGCCCAAAGCUCGCGAGAAGAGGGGCAGAACAAAUAAGAUUAAUAUUCGUGGCUAAUACGAAAUAGCCUUUUUUUUGGAAACAAAUCAAUCCAUAGUGCUUUUCAUUUGUUAAAAAAUCAAAUUAUUCG